AUGACCUGGAUGUUGGCACCAUCUACAAAUCACUGGAGCGGAAUGAGACGAAUGACCACAUGCAAAGGAGGUGUGAUUAUGGGCCAAGGCUCAGUUGCAUCACUGGUACCGACUGUCCCUCCCAUUAUGGGGCAUCUGUACCUAAAGAACAUCCAAAUGAACGCGUCCUCAUGCGACUUGGACCAAUCAGGCUGGCGUCUCAAUAACAGUGAGAUGAGUAACUUCUCACUACCCCCAAAUCUUACAGAUCUUGGCUGGCGUCAGCCGCUUUGGUACCAAUACGAACAGUGUGCCGAGGCUCCAUAUGCCUUCAUCUUUUACUUCACUGUCAAAGUUUUUAACCUGGCCUUGGGAUUCCCCGCCAACACGCUGGUGAUGUGGCACAUAGCAAGGGGCAAAAGUGAAGCUUCCACGUCCGACGUGUUUAUCUUCAACUUAGCUGCACUGGAUACAUUCUUCUGCCUGAUGACGCCUAUAGAACUGACAAACCGCCUGUAUUUGGACCACUGGGGCAUCUGGCACUUACAGCGUUUUGCCUAUGGAGUAAAAGAUACAACGCCGUUGUUCCUUACCUGCAUCUGCUUGGACAGGUACAUGGCUGUCGCGCACCCUAUAGUGUUCAUGAACAUCCGCGAUAACCGCAUACGCAUAGGCAUCUCAGCCUUGGUAUGGUUGAUGAUCUUGGCUUAUGCUAUCAUAAAGAGCAUUUUAGGAGUAAUGAGUGUGACCAAGGUGUUCAGCAGCCUCAUCCUGUCUUCCUUUUUCAUCAUGGUCUUCUGCAACAUAUCGAUCAUCUGGGUGUUGCGCAAGAGUGUCGCUGGCAAAGAGACCAUGAACCCUGUGAAGAAGAAAGCCUUUAAAAUGGUGGUCAUCCUGCUGACCAUCAUCGUGGUCAACUAUUUGCCACCUGUGGCACUCAUGCCAUUUGCCUCAACCUACACUUUCAUCCAGAUGAACUGCCAAAUUAGCGUCUCGGUCUUCUCUAUCAUGGACUUGAGCAGCACCAUUGAUCCGAUACUUUACAUCUCCAAGAUGGACAGAAUGAACUUCUGCUCCUGUCUGAAGGGAACCGCAAAAAAAACGGAAAUAAAUGUUAGUGUGUAA